AUGGACAAGCACUUGGACAUAUUUGGGCAACAGCCAUUCUUUACUAUCAACAUUCAGUUAUCCUUUUGCUUCGAUGUACCGGAUCCCUCCUUGUACCCUGCAAUCACAAAAUUGUUAGCCUCUGGUCUGGAGAGACUGUGCACUAGCUUCCCAUGGCUUGCUUCUGAUGUCACCAAUGAAGGAUCAGGUAACGGUAAUUCGGGCAUCUUCACAUUCACAACACCAGAGGACGCUCAUCGUCUUAUCGUCAAGGACCAUCGACAUGACUCCUCAGUUCCGACGAUGGAGGCUCUUCGGCUGGCCAAUUUUCCUAUGAGCAUGCUCGAUGAAGCCGCAAUUGCUCCACGUAAAAUAUUUCCAGACAUUCCAAGUCCAGCCCCAGCUUUCCUUGUGCAGGCAAAUUUCAUAGACGCGGGCCUUAUCCUCACCUUUGUCGCUCAACACAACACAAUGGACAUGACUGGUCUAGGCCACGUCGUUCAUCUUUUUUCAAAAGCUUGCCAUGGAGAAGAGUUUAGCGAAAAAGAAGUAUUGACCGGCAACAUAGCCCGAAGAAACAUUGUUCCGUUACUUGGCAACUCAUACACACCAGGUCCCGAGCUUGAUCGUUACAUUGUCAAGCCUAGGGUGUCUCUCGGCGCUCCUGGUCAACCACCUGCGUCAGCUCCGCAAUGUGUUUGGGCCUAUUUCUUCUUCCCACCAGAAUCUUUGGCGAGUCUAAAGUCGCAAGCUUUGGAGUCACUCACACAAUCUUCUUUCGUCUCUACCGAUGAUGCUCUCACCGCCUUUCUAUGGAAGUCAAUAUCCCGCGCUCGCCUUUAUCGCUUGCCUUCAGAGGUAUCUUCGACUGUAAUGCGAGCUAUGAACGUACGGCAGCAUCUCGGCAUCCCUUCAACCUAUCCUGGACCUAUUCAAAGCAACGUGUACAGCAAAUUCACCCUUCAAAGGGUCGUCGAAGAAUCUCUUAGCUUUCUAGCAUCGAACCUUCGCUCAGCCCUGGCCCCGACGCACUCUGAUUUGGGAGAUCACACUCGGGCUAUUGCGACAUUUCUCAGUCGUGCAAAAGACAAGUCUGUUUUUUCUUUUGGGGCGGAACUCGAUCUGUCAGCAGACGUUAUAAUCAGCUCAUGGGCGAAGGUAAACUGUGCUGAGAUUGAUUUCAAUCUGGGACUGGGAUUCCCCAAGGCUGUGCGGAAACCGCGGUGUAAUACAGUGGAAGGUCUGACAUUUAUAAUGCCUAAAUCUCGUGAUGGUGGAAUUAUGGUAGCGGCAUGUUUGCGAGAUGAGGACAUGAAAAUGCUUAGAGCCGAUGAGAAUUUUACCUCAUUGGGAACAUAUGUUGGCUAG